CUUCACUAACUCCUUAUUCCUAGAAAGAUUGAACGAAUGGUGAUUUAUUUCAUUCUUUUCGUCACCUGCUUUAGUUUUUAUAGGAAUAGAAAUAUUUCACGCAGUUACGUUUAUUACGGUUUUUUUUGCCUUGUCUUUCCAACUUUCCCUUGAAGUAGCCUCAAAAUUUGGAUUCAUCACCCGCUAGUGACGAUUGCGUGAGAGGUGCUCAGAUAAUUGGUUACUAGAACUAAUCUGGGCAUUCGAUAGAUCGAAGAAACUUGUCAAAUUGGUAGUAAUUACGAAGUAAUCACGGCGUUUAUUGGUUAUAAAAGGCGUAAAUUCAAGUCUGCACGUGUUGCGAAACUAUCACGAAAUUCAGGAAAUAGAGAAAAAUAUGCGAGACGCCCUAAGUGACGUCACGGGACAGUGGGUUGUACCCUGAAACAGAACUUAAGUCGGGUAUAAAUCAGUGCGACUUGUACCGACUGUGUCUUUGAGUCACAGCUAAGAUCGAGAGAGGACCAUUUAACAGUCAACAGCUCAGAGAUUUUAAAGAUCAUGUCGUGGCAAAUCAAAGCAGCCUUCGUCACGGUUCUGAUUUUGACGUGUGUGCAAAGUACCACCGGAGCAGUCCUAAAGUCUCGUGGACAUGAACCAGCUCGGCCAUGUUCACCAGACAUUUGCAAGCCUCCCGACUGCCGUUGUAGCGGAACGGACAUUCCUGGAAAUCUUCCACCAGCGAAGGUUCCCCAAAUGGUUAUGUUGACCUUCGAUGAUGCUGUAAAUAACCAGGUGGACGGUUACUAUAAGGAGUUAUUUAAGGAUGGCAAACUGAAAAAUCCAAACGACUGUAACGCAAUGGCUACAUUCUUCGUGUCGCACGAGUACACGGAGUAUCAAAUGGUCCAAGCUCUGUACCACAACAGGCAUGAAAUUGCAGAUCAUACCAUCUCACACCGAAUUCCCUCUUCCUGGUGGAAAUCAGCAAAUUACAGUCAGUUGACAGAUGAAAUUGCGGGACAGAGAGAAAUUUUAAGGAAGUGGGGACAGGUCGAGGCAGAUGACGUCGUUGGAUUCCGUGUACCCUUCUUACAGCUCGGGGGCAACACAAUGUUUCAAGUUCUCUAUGAUAACAAGUUCCUGUAUGACUCGUCCAUGCCAACCCAGCGUUACAUGGAUCCGCCGAUGUGGCCGUACACUCUGAAUUAUCGAUCGACGCAAGAGUGCGUUAUUCCACCAUGUCCCACAGAUUCAUUUCCUGGCCUUUGGGAGGUUCCUAUGAUCGAUUACAACGAUUCACGAGGAAAUCCAUGCAACAUGAUUGACGGUUGCUACCCACCAGCCAAUGCGCAAGAAGCAUAUGAUCUACUAUUGACGAAUUUUGAGCGACAUUAUACCACUAACAGGGCACCGUUCCCCAUGUUCAUGCAUGCUAAAUGGUUUGCAGAGUACCCUUAUACUAUGUCUGCGAUGAAACAAUUCCUCCAGGACAUACUUGCUCGUGGAGACGUCUGGAUGAUUGGAAUAAAACAAGUGAUUGAAUGGAUCAAAUCGCCAACCAGUCUUGACGAUAUCGAAAAUUUCGCCCCGUGGAAAUGCGACCCGCCUUCUCCGCCCCCGGCCUGUGCCACCACGAACGUCUGCGGGUUCCCGAAUGACCCGCAUUACUUGUACACGUGUACCCGCCCCUGUCCUGCGCACUACCCCUGGGUCGGAAACCCGGAUGGAAAUUAGCUUCAGAGCCAGUGUCCCGGAUGAAAUAAUGUGCUUGCUUGACAUUUUUUUGAUUGGAGCGAAAAUAAAAAUUAAUCAUUUUGAUAUUUAAAUAACUGUGACCUAAAAGGACUUUUCUUAGUAGCUGGGGAUUAAUAUGUAACUUGACAAUUCUGGAAUUAAGGAAGUAUCGAAUAAAUUGACGUGUUUUUUUUU